AUGACUCAGCUGUAUAUUUACAUCAGAUUAUUGGGAGCCUAUCUGUUCAUCAUUUCUUAUGUUCAAGGGCAGAAUCUGGACAGUAUGCUCCAUGGUACUGGGAUGAAAUCAGACUCUGACCAGAAAAAAUCAGAAAAUGGAGUAACCUUAGCACCAGAGGAUACUUUGCCUUUUUUAAAGUGCUAUUGCUCAGGACACUGCCCAGAUGAUGCUAUUAAUAACACAUGCAUAACGAAUGGGCACUGCUUUGCCAUCAUAGAAGAAGAUGACCAAGGAGAAACCACAUUAGCUUCAGGGUGUAUGAAAUAUGAAGGAUCUGACUUUCAGUGCAAGGAUUCACCAAAAGCACAGCUACGGCGGACGAUAGAAUGUUGUCGGACCAAUUUAUGUAACCAGUAUUUACAACCUACACUGCCCCCUGUUGUCAUAGGUCCAUUUUUUGAUGGCAGCAUUCGCUGGCUGGUUGUGCUCAUUUCAAUGGCUGUCUGCAUAGUUGCUAUGAUCAUCUUCUCCAGCUGCUUUUGUUACAAACAUUAUUGCAAGAGCAUCUCAAGCAGACGUCGUUACAAUCGUGAUUUGGAACAAGAUGAAGCAUUUAUUCCGGUUGGAGAAUCAUUAAAAGACCUUAUUGACCAGUCACAGAGUUCUGGUAGUGGAUCUGGACUACCCUUAUUGGUGCAGCGAACUAUUGCCAAACAGAUUCAGAUGGUCCGGCAAGUCGGUAAAGGCCGAUAUGGAGAAGUAUGGAUGGGUAAAUGGCGUGGUGAAAAAGUGGCAGUCAAAGUAUUUUUCACCACUGAAGAAGCUAGCUGGUUUCGAGAAACGGAAAUCUAUCAGACAGUGCUGAUGCGCCAUGAAAACAUACUUGGUUUUAUAGCAGCAGACAUUAAAGGUACAGGCUCCUGGACUCAGCUCUAUUUGAUUACUGAUUACCAUGAAAAUGGAUCUCUCUAUGAUUUCCUGAAAUGUGCCACACUAGACACCAGAGCCCUGCUCAAGUUGGCUUAUUCAGCUGCCUGUGGUCUGUGCCACCUCCACACAGAAAUUUAUGGCACCCAAGGAAAGCCUGCAAUUGCUCAUCGAGACCUAAAAAGCAAAAACAUCCUCAUUAAGAAAAAUGGAAGUUGCUGUAUUGCUGACCUGGGCCUUGCUGUUAAAUUCAAUAGCGACACAAAUGAAGUUGACGUGCCCUUGAAUACCAGGGUGGGCACCAAACGCUACAUGGCUCCGGAAGUGCUGGAUGAAAGCUUGAAUAAAAACCAUUUCCAACCCUACAUAAUGGCCGACAUCUAUAGCUUUGGCCUGAUCAUUUGGGAAAUGGCUCGUCGUUGUAUCACAGGAGGGAUAGUAGAAGAGUACCAGUUGCCUUAUUACAAUAUGGUACCCAAUGAUCCAUCAUACGAAGAUAUGCGUGAGGUUGUGUGUGUCAAACGUUUGCGGCCAAUUGUGUCCAAUCGAUGGAACAGUGAUGAAUGUCUACGAGCAGUUUUGAAGCUCAUGUCAGAAUGCUGGGCCCAUAAUCCAGCCUCCAGACUUACAGCUCUGAGAAUCAAGAAGACACUUGCCAAGAUGGUUGAAUCCCAGGAUGUAAAGAUUUGA